UUAGUUGGAAUAUCUGUCUGCACAACAGCAGAAGUCAGGGAGGGUUCAGGGCAUAAACUGGUUUGGAAAUGAGUUUAUACGGCUCUCAAAGUAAAAUUCCGAACAUCACCCGGAGGUCUAAUUCUCGACAAGAUUUGUCAAACGGCAGUUUCACCUUUCCCAGGAAUGACCAGGUCUUCAGUGCAGGUGGUUUUCAACAGGAAUUUGGAAAUGGAUACACCUCUCAAACGUUCACCCAGACGUCCAUGGGCGGAGGUGGAGGGGCUGUGGGCUACGGAGGAGCAACAAAUGUCCAUGGCAGAGCUGCAUUCCUAUACAACCAGGGUCGGAAAUACCUGGAGAGACUGGAUGUAAUUCUUCAGGCAGGUGCUCCACAAGAGGCGGUAGACAAGCUGCUAAUGAUGUCCUCUGAGACCAUAGGUCAGCUGAAGGAAUGUGCUAUUGAGCUGCAACGUAUGAGACUCCCCAAUGACAUGAUAAUCCAGAACAUAGAGGAGCUCCAGGGCAUGCAGAGUGACAUCACCUCCAGCAUCACCGGGGUCCCUGUGAGGGUGAACAGAGGCAGCGUGAGCUGGGAGGAUAGGGGGAAGACCUACAUGGAUGCCAUGUCUUGGAUGCACCAGCAGAAGCGUCUGAUUGAGAUGUCUCCAUGGGGUGACGACUUAGCAACCAUCGAGCAACAUAUCAUCAACCACAACAAGUUCCACAACUCCAUUCAGAGGAGCCAGGAGAUGGACCGAGCCAGAAACGAACUGGCUCAAAAUGAUGACAGGGGUGGCCUAAAUUCCCUGCAACAGGAAUGGGACAGUAUGCAGAAAAUGUCAUUUAAUCGUUUGACCCAACUGAGGGACCUGCAGAACAUCAUUGACGAGAUCUCGAAGGCCAUCAUGUGGGUCAAUGAGAGGGAGGAGGAGGAGCUGGUAUUUAAUUGGGGAGACAAGGACAUUGACAUCUACAUCCCCAAGAAACAGGAGAGCUACUCUAAACUGAUGAGUGCCCUGGAGGUUAAGGAGAAGGAUCUGAACAAACUGAAGCAGAAGGUAGACGGCCUGCUGAAAAACAACCACCCAGCCACAGACAAGAUUGAGGCCUAUAUGGACACUCUUCAGACCCAGUGGAGCUGGCUGCUCCAAAUUACCAAGUGUAUCCAUGUCCACCUGAAGGAGAAUGCUGCCUACAGCCAGUUUUUCAAGGAGGCCAAAGAGACCCAGAUCAAACUGCAGAAGGAAAAUGAGAACAUCCGUAAGAAGUACAUCUGUGAUAAAGGGACACCUCUGGAGAAUCUCACUGAGCUCCUCAAGAAGCUUGAGAGUGAUAAGGAGAGGAUCAUGGAAAACAACAGGCAGGUGAAACAACUGGUCAGCAAGUCCAGGAACAUUGUGAGGCUGAAACCACGUAACCCUGAAGAGAAGACCAGUGGCCCUGUCAUCGUACAGGCCCUGUGUGACUUCAAACAAGACCAGAAAGGCAUCCUGAAAGGGGACGAGGGCAUCCUGAAGGACAACUCACAGCGCAGUAAGUGGCUGGUGACGGGUCCCGGAGGGCUGGACAUGCUGAUCCCAUCCGUGUGCCUCCUCAUCCCCCCUCCCAACCCCCACAGCAUCGGACAGGCCAACAACAUCGAGCUGUUCUACGAAGCCAUCAUGGGGAUCUGGAAUCAGAUGUACAUCAACAUCAAGAGCCUCAUCUCCUGGCAGUACUGCGUCAAAGACAUCAAUUACAUCAACUCUCUUACCGUCCACAUGCUGUCCCAGAUGCGUCCUGAAGAGUACCGCAGCAUCAUAAAGAGGUUGGAGACUCACUAUCAGGAGUUCCUCCACAACAGCCACGGUUCCGAGAUGUUUGGAGAGGAUGAGAAGAAAACCAUAGAGGGCCAGUAUGCUGGAGCCCAGAAACACUAUGAUACCAUAGUCAUAAACCUGCCCGCACACAAUCAAAAUAUAGAUAUUCAGAAGCCGGUGAAGAAAGAGGUUGUUAAAUUGGUAUUGGAGCCAGUACCAUCACCAUCGCCCAAGCCUGAACCACCCAUCAAGGCGGACACUAUCCAGACUACCAAGACUGAGACAUCUAGCCUGAGCUUGACCUUGCUCAGUGACCUCCAGUAUCUCAGAAACAGACUGGAGCUGGCAGAGUCUGGCAUCAGCCAACACCUUCAUGUGCCCCUGGGGGAGAACAGUGUGCAGGAGUGCUCACAGCGCCUCGUUAAGCUGGAGGGCAUUCACCAUGAGUUGGAUGUUCUGAGUGAUGAGUACCUGAGGCUAAGGAAGAGAGUUCUGAGGCAGCUAGAAGGGACGGCGGUAGACUCAAAGCAGGCCACUUUCCUCACGAAAGAGCUUGACAACCUCAACCAGAAACUGGGUGACCUGCCGGGCCUGUCCUCUGCCUACAUUCAGAGACUGUCAUAUCUAAAGAACCUGCUCCAGAACCUCCUCCAGGCUGAGGAUAUCAUCAAGGUCCAUGAGGCCCGUCUGACGGAGAAGGAGACCACCUCCUUGGACCUGAACGAGUUGGAGCAGUACAAGGUCACCCUCAAGCAAAUGAAAUCUGAUAUGGAACGUAAGAGGGACUUGCUGAAGGCCAUGGAGAGUGACCUGCGUAACGCAGUUCAGGUGAACAGCCAGAUCUCAGCCUCUUUCCACAAGUGUGACGUGGACCUGUCCAAGUACGCUGACUUGACGGGUCAGAUGUCUGACCGCUGGAAUCGCAUCCAGACCCAGAUCGACAGCAGAGUUUGGGACCUGGAGAAGCAGGAGAAACAGCUGAAACAUUAUCAGCAGAGCAGUGGAGUGGUAGACCAAUGGAUAGACAGCGCUAGGCAGCGUCAGGACACCUUGCAGACAGCUAAGCACAGCGACAUACCAGCCCUCAUGGAGCACCUCAAACAACAGAAGGUGCUGCACAGUGAGAUUAAGGGGAAGAAGGAGAAGGUAGAGGAUGUGCAGAAGGAUGCCGACACCUGUGCUUCUUCCAUCAAAGAUUAUGAGUUGCAGCUGGCCUCUUAUAGUGCUGGCCUGGAGACCCUGCUGAACAUCCCUGUUAAGAGAACUGUGUUGCAGUCCCCUGCCACUGUGGUCAGACAAGAGGCUGCUGACAUCCAGUCUCGUUACAUUGAGCUCCUGACCCGCUCCAGUGACUAUUACAAGUUUCUAGGGGAAAUGCUCAAGAACAUGGAGGAAAUGAAGAUAAGAAACACCAAGAUUGAGAUGCUAGAGGAGGAGCUUAGCCGUCUGAAGGAGGACAUAAAAGGCCGCAGCCAGAAGUAUCGUUUGUUGGAGGACGCCCUGGCACGCUCCAAGCUGGAGCUCACCCAGUCUAAAGAACAGCUCCUCUCCAUUGAGGAGGUUAAGAGGACUACCGUCAUACAGGCGAAUGCAACCAAGGAGAGCCUGGACACCACUGCCAGCCAGCUGACUGAGCUCAGUGACAAGCUGUCGCGCCUCACCUACCAGCUGGACGAGGAGAAGAGGAAGAGGAGGUUGGCCGAGGAGCGUUAUUCAAGCCAGCAGGAGGAGUAUGAGGCGGCCGUGCGUCGACGCCAAAAAGAGCUGGAUGAACUCAACUGGUCCAAGAUCGACCUGGAAAAGGCUGUGAAAGACAAGGAGCGUGAGCUAGAGAGGCUCAAGAUGCAGCUGGAAGAGGAGGCCACAAGGAGGCGUGGAGCAGAGCAGGAGAUCUCUAAGGUAAGAACCCAGUGCAACCAGGAGAUAAGUAACCUUAAGCAAACGUACCAGUCGGAGAUCCACGUUACCAAGACCACCAUCCUAAAAGCUUCUCAGCAGAAAGAGGAGGACACGGUUGAGCUCAAACUACAGAUCGAGAGACUAGAAGCAGAUAAGAGAGAUCUUGAAGAGGAUUUGAGAAGGUUAAGGCUAUCUGUGACUCAGACCGAGGAGAUGAGGAGAAAGGCAGAGGUAGCAGCUGAUCAGCAGAGAUCUUCAACAACAGAGGAGUCAAGGAAGAGGCGAGAGCUGGAGAUCCAGCUUCAGACCAUGGUCACCGAAAGAAGAGAAGAGGAGCUGAGGCAGAAGGAGGAACUGGCCAAUGCCAACAGGAGCAGCCAGGAAAAGAGCAGGCAGAUUAGCCUGCUGACACACAACCUGGAAGAGGAGGGCAAGAGAAGGAGUGCCCUGGAUAUAGAGGUUGCCAAGCUUAAGCAAUCCUAUACUGAGUUGCAGACCAGUUAUUCCACUUCUCAGGAGGUCAUCAACAAGCUCAAGCUCUCAGAACAUGAGAUCCACCUCGUCCGAGCAGAGCUGGAGAAGCAGACCAAUGAGAGGAACAAGGCUGAGACCAAUGCCACCAGGCUGCAGAGUCGCAUCCGGGAACUGCAGGCCAUGGUGGAUGGUCUGGAAUUGGAAGUGGAGGCUCAGAAGAAAGCCACCCAGGAUGAGUUCACCCGCAGGAAGAUAAUUGAGUCUGAGCUGGAGAAGAUGACCCAGACCUGCAGAGAGCACAAUACCACCAUCAACACCCUCCGGGCCAGGCAGGAAGAGGUGUCCACCUCAGGAAGGAAGUAUGAGCAGGACCUCCGAGCUCUUCAGGAGGCUCUGGACAAGAGCCUGAGGAGCCACAAGGCUACCACGGAGAGCCUUGAUCAGGUAUCAGCAGAGCUAAAGGCUCUCCAACAGCAGCUUUUCCAAGAGCAGACAAAGGUCCGUGAGUUAAAUCUCCGCAACGAGAGCCUGUAUAAAACCAUUGAAGAGAAGAGCCUGCUUCUCAAUGAUGCCAAUACAGAAAUCAAUAAACUUCAGAGUCUGACCCAGAAGCUGACCAAGGAGAGGCUGAGGUUGGAGGAGGAACUGAGAGGAGUAAAGCAGGAGAAAGAGCUACUCAAACUUGCCAGAGAUAGUGUUGAUGGAGAGAGCGCAUCAAAGAUUUCUUCCUUGCAAGUCCAGCUCCAAAGUAGCAGCAAGAUGACUCUGGAACUUCAAUCUCUCAUUAAGGACCUGACGAAGGAGAGAGAAAAGCUAAAAUUGGAUUUAGACAAAGUACAAAAGCAAUUUCUUGAGACCUCUACGAUGGUGCAGCAGUCCCAGACCCACUACAAAGAGAUCCUGUCUGAGAGGGACAGUCUCCUGAUCAAGCUGAAGCAGCUGGAACAGGACAAGACCCGCCAGGGUCGCUAUGAAGAGGAACUGAACCGCAUCAAAGUUACUUUGGAGACAGAGUUACGAAACAAACAGCAUCUCCAAGAAGAAAGAGACAAGAUGCAAAAAGACUUCACCUAUUGGAAGAGCCAGUAUGAACUUAAGGAGGGGCAGAUGAGGCAAUGCGACUCAGACAAAAACAAGAUAGAGAGGGAGAGACUCUCCCUGAAGAGCGAGCUGGAGCGAAUGUUGUUGGAGCUGAGGACCAUGGAGGAGAGGUAUAAGGGUAGGCUGCAGAACUCUGAGAGGGAGUUGUCAGACCUGGCCCUAAAGAGAGACGCACUGGAGAGGGAGCUUAGGAGGCUGCAGCAAAGGCCUGACUCCAUGAGCAUCCAAACACAGACAUACGACAAAGUGGUCACUGUGGAUCCCUCCAAGCUGGUGUUUGACGGAGUUCGCCGCAAGGUCACCGCUCACCAGCUGUGUGAUUGUGGCAUUAUUACUAAAGAAACCUUAGAGCAACUGCUGAACGGAAAGAGGACUGUGGAAGAUGUGUCAGUUGACAUCCAACGCAACCUCAAGGGAACAGGUAUCAUUGCAGGUAUGGUUAAAGGUGGUGAAAGGGUGUCCAUCACUGACGCUAAGACCAAGAACCUAAUUAGCCCAGAGAGUGCCCUAAUGCUGCUGGAGGCCCAAGCCGCCACUGGCAACAUCAUUGACCCCAAGUUUAAUGAGAAGAUGUCAGUUGAUGCCGCCUGCUCAAGAGGGGUGGUGGACACAGAUGAUAGAGAUGCCUUGAUGACAGCCGAAGCAGCCAGUACAGGCUUCAAAGACCCAUACAGUGGUAAGUUGCUGUCCAUUGGACAGGCUCUAAAGCAGAACCGUCUGGACAAGGAGACUGCCAUCCGUUUGCUGCAGGCUCAAGAGUCUGUUGGUGGUAUCCUGGACCCAGUCCUGAGUGUGUUCCUUCCCAAAGACCUUGCACUUGACCGCAACCUUGUUGACGAGGAUCUCUACAGGUCUUUAAACAAGAAACCUGCCUGCUAUCUGGACCCAAUCACUCAGAAAAAGAUUAGCUACGGUGAUCUGAGGCUGAAUUGUUGGACGGAGCCAUCUUCUGGCAUGCUUCUCAUUUCAGCUCCGGAAAAGUGCAAGACUGUAAAGGGUCUUAGGGGCAAUGUGAAUGUUGAUGAUCUGGUCAAAUCCAACCUAAUUUCUGCAAAAGAUGUGCAGACACUCAGCAGCCAGCAAAUUGAGGACAAGCUUAAGAACUACCUGCAUGGUUCUUCCUGUAUAGCUGGGAUCUAUGAUGAGGCCAACAACAGAACCAUGAGCAUCUAUCAGGCCAUGCAGGAUGGUCUGCUCAGACGAGGUACCACCCUAGAGCUCCUGGAAGCCCAGGCGGCCUCUGGCUUCAUAAUUGACCCUGUCAACAAUGUCUUCCUGACUGUGGAGGAAGCCUGGAAAAGAGGCCUUGUAGGCAAAGAGUACAAGGACAAGCUGAUGUCUGCAGAGAGGGCCGUCACUGGAUACACAGACCCCCACACUGGUAUGACCAUCUCCCUCUUUCAAGCUAUUGAAAAGGAUCUAAUUGAGAAGGGCCAUGGAAUCAGGUUGUUAGAGGCUCAGAUCGCCAGCGGUGGCAUUAUCGACCCGAAGGAGAGCCACCGUAUUGAUGUAGACAUUGCUUACAAGAGGGGCUACUUCGAUGAGGAGAUGAACCAAAUCCUCACCUAUGAAGGGGAUGACACCAAGGGCUUUUUUGACCCCAACACCCAAGAGAACUUGACCUAUCUGCAGCUAAAGGAACGUUGUAUAACUGACCCUAAGACCGGCCUUGUGCUUCUGCCUUUGAAAGACAAGAAGAACAAGUCCAAGCAGACGGUUCAGGAAACCAGCCAAAAGAACAUCCUUCGUAAGAGGAGGGUAGUAAUUGUAGACCCUGACACUGGAAUGGAGAUGACCGUAAGAGAAGCCUACAAUAAGGAGCUCAUCGACUACGACACCUUUUUGGAUCUCUCAGAGCAGGAAUGUGAAUGGGAGGAGAUCACCAUAACUUCUUCUGAUGGUUCAGCCCGCCUAGUGCUGGUGGACCGGAAGACCGGCACACAGUAUGACAUCCAGGACUGCCUGGACCGUGGCAUCAUUGGCCAGACCUCCCUUGAGCAGUAUCGCUUAGGAACCAUUACUCUUCCCCAAUUCGCUGACCUUGUCACCAGUGGGAGCAGUCAAAGCGAGCUGUCAAUCACUGCUUGCAACAUGGAGAACCUGGCCACUUGCAGCAGCCCCGCCCAAGCCAGACCCACUUCUCCCACUGUGCGCAAGCGCUUAAACAGUAUCUCCAUCACUUUCUCCCCACCUGAGGAGAUUGACGAAGGGAGCCCCAUAGCAGCCAUCUUUGACACUGAGACAGUGGAGAAGAUCACCAUCUCAGAGGCUCUGCGGAGGGGAUUAGUGGACACCAUUACAGUUCAAAGGCUUCUGGAGGCCCAGGCCUGUACUGGAGGCAUUAUCAACCCAGCUAGUGGUCAGCGACUUAACCUGCAGGAUGCAGUCCACCAGGGCAUCAUCACUGACGACAUGGCCACCAAGCUUAAGCCAGCCCAGAAAGCCUUCAAUGGCUUUGAGGACGUGAAAACCAAGAGAAAGAUGUCUGCGGCUGAGGCCAUGAAGGAGAAAUGGCUGCCUUAUGAGGCUGGCACAAGGUUCAUGGAGUUUCAGUAUGUGACAGGAGGACUGAUAGAUCCUGGCACAGGGCGAAAGACCAGCAUUGAGGAGGCAAUCAGGAGGGGAUGGCUCGAUGGAAGAGGAGCACAGAAGCUCCAGGACACGAGGAGUCAUAUCAAGAACCUGACCUGUCCCAAGACCAAGCUGAAGAUCUCCUACAAAGAGGCCAUGGAUAGCUGCAUGGUGGAGGAAAGCAACGGAAUGAAACUCCUCCAGGCUUCCUCCAUUUCUAGCAAGGGCAUUAGCAGCCCUUACAAUGUGUCCAACCCAGGCUCUCGUUCGGGCUCUCGGUCUGGCUCGCGUACAGGGUCCAGGAGUGGUUCCCGCAGGGGCAGUGUGGAUUACUCCUCCAGCUUCAGCACCUUCACAGCUGCAACCACCACCUUAAGCACCAACUCUAAGUUCUAAUAUAAAGAACACAUAAUAUUAUACCAAAGGAGUGUGUGUAGUGCAUGAGGAAAGAUUUUGUCUAUAAUGUGGCAAAUUUGUUAUUGUUGAGGAAGAGAAUAUUUGAUUAGAUUAGGAUGGUAUUUUUUGCAUCGAUUAUUUUUUGUCACUUGUCUGGUUGAGGGAAUAAAGGUUAUAUUUUGGGUAAUAGUUUGUUAGAAUUAUAUCUUGAAUAAUUGUUUACAACAUUAGUGAGAAGAAAUUUUGUUUUGAAAUGUAACAUUUUAACACACAAUAUAAAUCUACAAUUGUAGAUUGUGAUUUAUGUAGACCAUUUACUUUUUUAACAAACCAUUUUGUCUGUGGGCCACAUUUUUUCCAUAUCAUACAUUUCCCGGAUCUGGAGUUUCCAUAAACGUUUGCAUGUGUGGAUAACAUUCUGUAUGUCAAUUUUCUGCUACAGCGUAAUUGUAGAGCAUGCUACACUGGCGAGUUCAAUAAAGUUAGAUUAAAGCUGAA